CCCCACUGGAUCAAGAAUGAUCCUCCACCCAAAGGACAUUCAACCAACUUGACAACUGUGGGGAGAAUUAGAGUCAACAUGGGCCAGCAUCCCCGUGGAACGCUUUCGACACCUUGUAGAGUCCACGCCCCGACGAAUUGAGUCUGUUCUGAGGGCAAAAGAGGGUGCAACUCCAUAUUAGGAAGUUGUUCCUAAUUUUUGCAUACGUUCUUUGAGGCAGACGAAGCUCCCUAUACUCCGUUUAACGAAGACAUGCUCGGUGCGCCAGAUCGACUACGGUUUGGAGGUUUCAGGAUGUCCCAGAAGAUCAAGGCAGGGUCGGUGGUGGAGAUGCAGGGGGAUGAGAUGACCAGAGUCAUCUGGGAGCUCAUUAAGGAGAAGCUCAUCUUCCCCUACCUGGAGAUGGACCUGCACAGCUACGACCUGGGCAUGGAGAACCGCGAUGCCACGGACGACAAGGUGACGGUUGAGGCGGCGGAGGCGACGCGGCGCUACAACGUGGGCAUUAAGUGUGCCACCAUCACGCCGGAUGAAAACCGGGUGGAGGAGUUCAAGCUAAAGCAGAUGUGGCGCUCGCCCAACGGGACCAUCCGUAACAUCCUGGGGGGCACCGUGUUCAGGGAGGCCAUCAUCUGUAAGAACAUCCCCCGCCUGGUGCCCGGCUGGGUCAAACCCAUCAUCAUCGGCAGGCAUGCCCACGGAGACCAGUACAAGGCCACAGACUUUGUGGUACCUGGACCUGGGAGACUGGAGAUGAAAUUCACACCCAAGAUUGGGGAGCCAAUGAACUUUGUCGUCCAUGACUUUGAAGGUUCAGGUGGUGUGGCUCUGGGGAUGUACAACACAGACAGCUCCAUCAGGGACUUUGCCCACAGCUCCUUCCAGAUGGGGCUGCAAAAAGCCUGGCCUCUGUACCUCAGCACCAAGAACACCAUCCUCAAGAAGUACGACGGACGCUUCAAAGAUAUCUUCCAGGAGAUCUAUGAAAAGCAGUACCGCUCUAAGUUUGAGCAGAAGGGGAUCUGGUAUGAGCAUCGUCUGAUUGAUGACAUGGUGGCUCAGGCCAUGAAGUCUGAUGGAGGAUUCAUCUGGGCCUGCAAGAACUAUGACGGGGACGUCCAGUCUGACUCUGUAGCCCAAGGUUAUGGGUCCCUUGGUAUGAUGACCAGUGUGCUCAUCUGUCCUGACGGUCGUACUGUGGAGUCGGAGGCGGCCCACGGCACGGUAACACGCCACUACAGACAGCACCAGCAGGGCAAGGAGACAUCCACCAACCCCAUCGCGUCCAUCUUUGCGUGGUCGCGGGGGCUGCUGCACCGGGCGAAGCUGGAUGACAACACAGAGCUGCGUGUGUUUGCUGAGGCCUUGGAGGUCGUCUGCGUGGAGACCAUCGAGGCUGGCUUCAUGACCAAGGAUCUGGCUAUCUGUAUCAAAGGCAUGGCAGGUACCAAACGCUCAGACUACCUGAACACCUUUGAGUUCCUGGAUAAACUGUCAGAGAACCUGAAGACCAAGAUGUCCAACCAACCCAAACUGUGAUCACCUCAUCUCCCAACUUUAAACACACACACUAUUGACAGCAGGGACUAUGGGCCACGACCAACACUGAACCACGGGGGACUGUCUGCCCAGAACUCAACCAGAGCUUCUAGAAGACCUAGGACCCUCGAGACGUAAUCAUUCCCUCCACAAGCAGUCUGUCUGCCUCAAGGAGGGGUCUUGUCCAGGGGGGGGGGGGGUCCUCCCAAAGCUAAUGAAUCAUUCCUAUCUAAACUACUUGCCAUUGCUGUCCCACUCUCCCCAUCCUUGCUGUUGCUUUGCAAUAUCAAUAUUCAUGUGGACUCAUUAAACUCAACUUGCCUCUUUCA